AUGGCGAUGUGGCUCGUGCUGUUGGUCCUGGGGGUAGCAGCCGCUGCCCCACAUGGCGCAGACAGGAUCGUUGGAGGCCAUGAGUGUGCCCCCCACUCCCAGCCCUGGCAGGUCUCCCUGAACUCUGGGUACCACUUCUGCGGCGGGUCCCUGAUCACAGACCAGUGGGUGGUGUCAGCCGCCCACUGCUGGUACAACCCCAAUGCCAUGCAGGUGAUCCUGGGUGACCACAACAUCCAAGUCUUCGAGCACACCGAGUACAUGAUGCGCAUCGAGACCAUCGUGUGGCACCCUGACUACAACUACCAGACCAUGGACCACGACAUCAUGCUCAUCAAGCUGGCCCACCCAGUGCAGUUUGAUGCCAAUGUGCAGGCCGUCGCCCUGCCCACAGCCUGUGCCGAGGGUGGUACCUUUUGCAUGGUGUCAGGCUGGGGCAACAUCCUCAGCGACGGAGUGUUCAACCCCUACAACCUGCAGUGUGCGGACGUGCCCCUUCUGAGCACACAGGAGUGCGAGAACGCCUACCCCGGGCAGAUCACCAGCACCAUGCUGUGCGCCGGGUUCCCAGAGGGUGGCAAGGAUGCCUGCCAGGGAGACUCUGGCGGCCCACUGGUCUGCCACGGGGAGCUGCAGGGCAUCGUGUCCUGGGGCGUCGGCUGCGCCCUGGCAGGCUACCCCGGCGUCUACACCAAGGUCUGCGCCCUGCUGCCCUGGAUCCAGGAGACCAUCGCCACCAACUAGGCAAGGAGGGAGCACCGCAGCAGCCAGGAAUGGGAAACAGCUGCCGAAGGGGGUGGGGACCACCUGGUGUCCGUGCGUGCUCACAGAACCAG